UCCGUCUUGAGUUUUGCAAUACGCUGCGUUGCAAUCCUCUUUCCUCAAUUCCUCAUCGGCCUCUUCAUUUCGCACCACGUAGACACACAUCGGCCUUCCAUUCUCUUUGUCGCCGUCGCGCUCCACCAACUGCUCCGUGCACCGUCGCCAUCUUCCGGCCGCCGUCGGAGUCCAGUGGCUUCGAACUCCAGAAGUCACUUGUCAGAGACGUCGCCUCUCCCCUUCCCCCCUUCCUCUGCCGCCGUUUCUCACUCACAUUCGCCUCAAUCCAUCACACUCUUCGUCUUCACCUUUGCUAUUCCACACUGUCAUUCUCUCACCUUCAGAUCGUGGAGUUGAACCGAACCACCAUGGCAGCCAUGGCUCAGCUUCGUUUUUCUCCUCUCUCUGGCUCCUACCACACCAUUUCAGACGCUCGAGCAUUCAAUCCCCGUGCCGUUAUUUCGUUUGGAUCUUCUUUCCACUCUCAAAAUCGAUCUCUGUCUCUCAUCAACCCAAAGGUCUACGAGCCCAGUUUGCCGGAGAAUCUGCAAAUUUCAUUCGCCGGUGGUGAUGGUAGCGACGGAGUUGGGCGCGGAGGAGGCGACGGCGGCAGAGGAGAUUGGGGCAACGACGGGGAUUCCGAUGAUGCAUCUUCAUCGUCGUCUCAGGGACUCGGUAUUCUGGGUAUGUUUCUGGCCGGAUGGAGAUCGAGGGUUGCCGCCGAUCCGCAAUUUCCGUUCAAGGUUCUGAUGGAGGAAUUGGUGGGUGUGACCGCUUGUGUCAUCGGAGACAUGGCUUCUCGUCCAAAUUUCGGAUUGAACGAGCUUGAUUUUGUUUUCUCUACACUUGUCGUUGGAUCAAUUCUGAAUUUCACCCUCAUGUACCUAUUAGCACCCACUAUGGCUUCUUCAUCCUCAAACCUACCUUCAAUCUUUGCAAGCUGCCCUAAGAGCCACAUGUUUGAACCAGGUGCCUAUGGGAUCCUUGAUCGAUGUGGCACACUAGUGUACAAAGGAGCUUUGUUUGCAGCAGUUGGGUUUGCAGCUGGGCUUGUGGGAACUGCAAUUUCAAAUGGGUUAAUCAAGAUCAGAAAGAAGAUGGAUCCAAACUUUGAGACUCCAAACAAGCCGCCUCCAACACUGUUGAAUGCUCUCACAUGGGCGACUCACAUGGGAGUUAGCAGCAAUCUGAGGUACCAAACUCUUAAUGGGAUUGAGUUUGUGUUGGAGAAAGGGCUUCCUCCAUUGGCAUUCAAAUCAUCUGUGUUUGUACUGAGAUGUAUGAACAAUGUUCUUGGAGGCAUGUCGUUUGUGAUCCUGGCGAGGAUGACUGGUUCACAGAGUGUGUCAAAACAACAGAAGCCAUUAGCUACUGCGGCAGAGAAGGAGAGUUUGGAGGGCAGAGAAGAGGAUUUGCAGACCAACCGAUCGAUAUCAAAGUGAAGAAGGAUCAAAGAUUAGUACCUUGAGACAUGUCAGGCUAUGAGAGGCUUUCAUUUCUGGGUAUCAUUUGUAGAUGAACUAGCCAGAGUGAGUAGUUCACCUCGAGCCCUGGAUGCGGAUGAAUGGGUUUAUUUUGUAGCUAGCAGAACUUUUUUCUGGAUGAAUUAAAUAAUAUUAAAAUAAAAUAUCAUUAAAAAA